AUGAAGAUGUUCAUUUUCCGGAAGAAGAAGGGCCGCCUUCGCGAUUCACGUGAUUCGUCGGAUUUCAACGAUUCGCAUGACACGCUAGACGUGGCUGGAACGAGCGCGCACGGCGGCGUCGCCGAUUCCUCGACCUCCUCAUCAACGCAUCACAACUACUCGAUGACGGCUCCCGUUUCACCGAAUGUUCCACUUUCAGCGAGCAGUUCGCAUUCCGAGGGCUGGAAGUAUUCAUCACAGAAAUUGUUGUGGAAAUUAAAACCAAAAUAUGCGUAUUCACAUGCCAGUUCGACGUCUUCUUCCACAGAUUCUGCAUGGAAAUCAUUGGACAGUAUGACAUGGCGAUCGGUGGACGGUGCUGAAGUAGUGCUCCGUGGUGCCCGCCUCGAAAAUCUCUCAGAAAUUGAGAGAUCAGCUCUGCAACUACUCGCCGCUCAACGUCUUCUGAAAAUGCUUCCAGGCGUGAAUCUAGGAAAACCAAAAGCUCUUCGCCAAAAACGACAAAAACUCGUGAAGAGUAAUCGGACGCCGACGGUUGCCGAUGUGCAGAGAAGAGCGUCGGGCACACCGAUGCCAGAGGAGAAGCGGGUGUUCGGAGUGUCGUUGGCGAUGUGUAUGAUGAAUGAGAAGAGGCUCGAUCAGGAGAGUCGGUGUAGAUCAUUGGAUGAUUCUACUGUUAUUAUGUUGAAUAAAUCAAAAGCGAAACCAACGAAAUCGGAGCCUGAAAUGGUGACGCACACGAUGCCAGAAGAUCGUAAAUGGCUCUAUCCAUCCACUCAGAAUCUGUACCCAACAUCCACCUCCAACCCAUCUUCCCCUUCCCCUCUCAUAGGCUCCGCCCCUCCGACGUGUUCAAUCCUUCCAUCGGCUAAUCUCCUAUCAGCCGAACCCAUUGAACCACCACAACUUACUGGUCGAUUCGUGAAGAAGCAACGUCCAGCGUCCGCCUCGUUCUCGUGUUCCCUUGAUGCCAACAUUGAUGACGUGGAUCCUCACGCACUUCAAGUUCCGAAGAUCGUUGAAAACUGUACACAAUAUCUGAUGACUUACGGGUUAACACAAGUCGGGUUGUUUCGUGUCGCCGGAAACACGAAAAGGUGUCGUCAGCUGAGGAAUGCACUCGAGAAAGUCGGUGGCGGAGCUGUGAUCAAUGAUAAUAUGGUGGAGAACACGACGUCGCAUGACGUGGCCACACUUCUCAAGGAGUAUUUCAGAGAUUUACCACAAAGUUUGCUGCCAGCAGAACACUAUUUGGCGUAUAUUGGAGCAGCCAAAUUCAACAUUGACGACCGAAUCGAAGCAAUCCGUCUCCUCUUUGCUCUCCUCGUCUCUCCAAAUCUCGAUACUCUCUUCGUCCUUCUGAAAUUCCUUCAUGAAGUGUCAUGCCACUCACAGGACAGGUAUAAUGCAGCUGGCGAAUUGCUGCCGGGUAACAAAAUGGAUGCCAGGAAUCUCGCCACAAUUUUCGCGCCAUCAAUCCUUCGCGUAGAUCACGAUAAAUUGCAAGAGACAUUGGCGGAGAAUGAGUUGCAAGUGACGAUUGUGGAGACGAUGAUUAGUAAUGUUGAGGAGAUUUUUAAGAUUCCGAAAGAGCUGCAAUGCAAGAUCUACACGCAACUCCGCCAAACGGAGCCAGAUCGUCUCGAUCGAAUUCUGAAUCAUUUGUCGAAAAUGGACAGUCACGAUAGUGUCACUCAUCCAGGAGCACUUCUCUCCCCAUUUCCAGCAACUUUAGAAGAGGACUCGUCAUCUCCACGUCAUCACAGACACUCCGACCAUUCUCAUAUCGGAAGACAGAGUCCUUUGGCUAGGGAGUUGACGACGAAUGGAAAAGUGAAGGUACAAUCUCAGAGGAGUGGAUCAUGGCCGUUCUCUCUGACAAAGACUCAAACUAGUCCUUCUCGUCCGGAGGCUCAACACUUUUUCCCUGCCGACUCACAGGAUGGACCACCGCCUGGUCCAAGUCAAGAACCCACUUCCACUUCGGGUCUCGCCACGAAAUCCGCCACGACGACACCGGCGGUUGGAAGAAAGAAAACUGAGUUCAAUAUGAACGAUUCGGGAAGAGAUUCCUCGGAGUUUUGUUCGGAUGAAAUCACUUUCGGAACUGUUAGUCAACCGGAGACGAGUCGAUUGGAUAUUCAGAGGCAGACGGGUAAUUCUGCAUUUUCUUCUUCGAAUAAUAAGAAGAUGCCUAUGAUGGGCUCGUUGCAAGGAGCCACCACCUCGAAAUCAGUGGACGCCCGUUCGCCAUCUCGUGAACGUGUCGACAUCCGUACAGCCGCCCGUUCAUCUGCAGCGGCCGCCCGUCGACGUCUUCGCAACGUCGUCCGGGCGUUCCGAUUCACUUCGAUGACUCGAAGUACUCCAGAUAUAGCACAAUCUUCUUAA